AUGGAUGUCUAUGAUCCAAGUGAAUCUCAGAGUCUGGACGAGGAGCCUAUGGAACCGUACCAGGUGCUUCCAACAGAAAGAACACCCAAAUCUCCAACUACACCGAAAACGCCUAAUCUGAUCCAGCUGUGGUCUCGGUCUCCAGGGUUACCUUCGUCUCCUUCGAUUUCAGUCACCGGUAAGUGCUAUAAUGGGGUGGAUAUCAAUAGGAACCUGGCGUAUAUACCUAAGAAGAGUGCUCCUCCACCACCAUCGCCUCCAUCUCCUGGAACGGCCCAAAGGCUUAAGUACCUCUUUAAACUGAGGUCCAAGCCCAAGUCCUCGUUCUAUGAUGCUCCAGAUAUGAUGAAAUCUUUACUACGGCGUGCAAGCAUCAGCCCAAGGCUGAAGAAGGCACUUAAAAGGAUUAAGGGGUCUAAGGAUGAGGAAAAGGCUAUCCCACGUCUGUACUUAGAGAAAAACGGAAGCCUUGAUGAAAAGCUGCUGGCUCAUACGCUUGUGGAGAAGAAGGUGGAUAUUGAAAGCUCUUCGUCUUAUGAAACAGCUUCGUCGGGUGAAGAAGAGUAUAGAACCCUUGAUGUAAGCAAGGGAACUUCGGUUAGUGCCAUUUCUAUGAGCAAACUCACUAUGAGUCUGGAGUAUCAGUGCACUUCGCUGCCAAAAGAGCUUGGAAUCGAGUCAGUGUUGAAACUCGGCCCACCAAUGGUAAAACAGCUACGCCCUGAACUGCCCUUGAGAGCACCUUCUGAACCUACCAGUGAUGAAUCGUUUUAUUUCUUUGACGGGCUGCCUCGCAAACGGGCCGAAGGUGAGGAAAUUAAUUGGGGUGACGAGUUGGCCGCUGAAAUGGUAGAAAUGCUCAAGAAGCAUCGCCUUCAAUAG